UCCUUUUUGCACAGCCUUCUUUUCUUUUCUUUUCAUUUCAUUUCAUUUUACUUUCUUUCUUUCUUUUUUUUCUUUCUUUCUUAAAUAUGUCAGUUUAUUCUCCUCAUUUGAACUCUUCUAUUGGUUCAAAUGUCAUCCCAUCAACUCCUGUCACAACAACUUCAGCUUCCGCCUUUUUAACCACUUGUUCUCGCGAUGUAUCUGAUUCUUCUGAUUCAGAAGAUGAUCUGAAUGAACCUGUCUUUGGUUUCCGUAUAGCCAAUCCUGAUCCAAGCAAUAGAAAUAGUCAGUAUAUUACUACAAGUGAAGUAGACUCUCUUCAUAUGACAACUGAAUCUACAAAAGACAUGAUUCCGUCAGUACCACUUCAAAACUCCACCAUUCCUGCGACAGAAUCUUCCUCUCAACAUGGUCAGCAAGAAGAGAUAUCAAUGCUUCACGACAAGAAAAAUAAUGAAGAUGACGGCAACAACAACAGCAAUAAUAAAAUAUUAUCUUCGAAUAUUUCUAUACCAAAAUCUUUAUCACGAUCAGCAUCCAAAACACUUCAAAAUGAUAGCUUACCAUCAAGUCGUAUCCAAUAUCAAACUGUUGCUUAUACCCCAUCCGAAUCAAUGGAAUCUCAAUCUGCUAGACAACGUGCAAGUAUUAUUGAACCUUUCAUCACGAAUACAACAUCAAAUACCAUCCAUACCGCCAAUUCUAUGUUGGACAAACCAUCAUCAUUGCAACCUCAGCCUUCACCUAUCGUUGUACCACCAGCCUCAUCAUCCUAUCGUCCACUGUCUACUUUAUCAGCCUCAUCUCCAAAAUUAGAUAUCUUUGAUCCUACAACUUCUAAUAUUAGCCAAUCAAAUAUCAGUAGUGAUAACGAUGCACAGUCAAGUAGAGGAUCAAAGGAAGAAUUUCAACAUUCAAAUCAGCGUCAACAAUACCAAGGUGAAACACUUGAUAUCCAGCGAUCUUCUACUUGUUCUAUUGACAAAAACGAUUUUUUCACACCAUCAUCAUCAUCAGCAAAUCCAGCUUCAGGGACACGUACUUCUAUAUUGGCGACAUCACCAAACGUCAACAGCACAACUCGUAUCACAAAAUAUAAUCAAGCAUCAUAUAGUCUAACUAACAAUCCUCAGGCUCUCAAAAUGUAUCGUGACAUGGCAGAAAAGACACAAGACGAAACAAUCCAAUUAUCAUAUGCCAAGUAUUUACUGGAAGUGGCGGCACUUUAUGAACCAGCAUUAGGGACAAUGACUAGUACAGAUGGGAAAAAGGAAGAAGAACGACAACGAAAGAAGAAGCAAUUGGAACAGGAAGGUGUACGAUGGAUCAAUAAACUUUCCAAAAAAGGAGUUGGGGAAGCCGCUUAUAUGGAAGCAACUUGGUUGGAAACUCAACAAUAUGGAUACAAAACAAAACAUGCCUCCAGGAUCGAUCGACUCUAUCAAAUUGCUGCAAAUGCUGGUGUACCCGAUGCUUCUUAUCAAUUGGCCUCUCGUAUGGAAUCCACUGGUCAAUCCUCUUAUAAUACUUUUCUUCUUUAUCAAAAAGCAGCAGAUCAACAAUGUGUCAAGGCCAUUUACAAAAUGAGCAAGAUCUAUUUACAUGGUGAAUUGGAUCAACCGCGAAAUUUGAUCAAGGGAAUGGAUUAUCUGGUUUCAGCUGUUAACAAGGCCGAUACAACAUGUAAUGAACCUCCUUAUGUUUUGGCUUUGAUUCUUACCAACAAAUAUUCCAAAGUGAUUGUCCCAAGUGAAAUAGUACAAACUUAUGGAGGAACUACGGAUGUGAUCAAGUAUUUGGAACAAUCGGCCAAUCUAGGUAACGUGGGUGCAAAGAACCGGGCAGGACAUAUUUAUGAACAUGGAUCUUAUGGGGUACCGAUGAACAUGGCCAAGGCAUUUCUUUUUUAUGAAGAGGCGGCAAAGAAAGGGACUCAUUUACAAUCAAUGCUUGCACUCAGUCGGCUUUACAAUGGAGGAUGUCAUGGUCCUUCAGAUCAGGAUGAACAAUCACGACUGGCUAAUGAUGUGUCUGGAUGGUUACAGGCUCAUCCCAAGAAUGAAGAAUUAUCGUUUUAUUGGUGUCAACGUGCUGCAAAAAGUGGAUUACCAGAUGCUUUAUUUUUACUUGGAUGGUAUUAUGAAAUUGGUUUGGGCGUUCCUCGUGAUUAUCAAUAUUCAAUGGAUUGUUAUCAAGAAGCGGCUAAUAAAGGUCAUAAGGAAGCAAAAGCCCGUUUUCGGAACACAAUAGAUGAUGACACUAUCGGCAAAACGUCAAGACAUUCUACUGCAGAUCGUCUUAGCAAACGUAGUGAUGAUUGUAUUAUUAUGUAGUUGAGAUUAGUUCAUUUUAUUGUCAAUAAAUACUAUUCUUCGACAUCAAAGA